AGCCGUUAAAAUUAAAAUUAUACCAUUUCCGAAAAAAAAAUGUUAUUAUAUCGAAUUUCGAUCAUAUUCAGUAGGUGAUAAACAAAAUAAGACUUUUGUGUUUGUUAGUGGCCAGAAACAACCAAAUGACGUAGAUACUAAAUUCCAUACUAAUAAUACUAAAUAAAGUGCCACAAUGGAUAAACUAACAGUGAUAUCUGGUACACUUUUCAUGGCUGCCGAUGUCUUUGCAAUAGUUAGCCUUGCAAUGCCAGACUGGAUAAUUACCGACAUAGGGGGUGACACUAGGCUUGGCUUAAUGUGGUCGUGCAUUACUCUGUAUAACAGACCACAGGUUUGUUUUACGCCAGACCUGCAACCUGAAUGGUUAUUAGCUUUGAUUUGUAUCUUCAUAGGCUGCAUUUGCAUCACAACUACUGUUAUAUUACUCGCAUCCAGUCAUUUUGACAGAAAUGUAAUCCCAUACGCUCGAUGGGUUGGAUUUGCUGCAAUGGUAGUAUUCUGCUUAGCAGCUGUCAUAUUCCCUAUGGGAUUCCAUGUUGAUGAGAUCGGUGGGCAACCAUACCAGCUCCCUAACAGUCACCAAGUGGGCAUAUCAUACAUAUUAUUUGUACUCUCUCUAUGGAUAACAGUUAUUUCAGAAUUGUUUGCAGGGAAGGUCUGUCUACCGCACUUCUGAAAAAUGCCUUUUGUUAUAUUAUUGAUGUUCAUAUGCCUACCUAUUUGUUUAUAUCAGAAUGUGGGCAGAAAGGUAAAAUAAUAUCAGUAAUAUAACAAACAAGAGUUUAUGAGUUCCGUAGACAGAAUUUCUUAAAAAUGUUAUAUACUAAUUAUAUUAUUGAUAAUAAUAGGUAAGUACUGAUAAUGUAUUAGGUCUAUGGUGGAGGGAAAACUAGUUUCACCUAGAAAAAGGGCUAUCAGUUCAAUUGCAUUCCUCAAAUUAUUUUAUCUUUAUGUAUAUGAAUAUUUAUCUUUUAUUAUGUAUAAGGAAUCUCAAGAUUUAAUUAAUGAUCUGUAUGUACCUGUUUAUGAAUGUGUUGCUUAUAUUUUUUAUAUUGUAUAGAUUGUUAUUAUAAGCAUUCAAUUUAUGUACAGUAUUAUAGCCUAGAUGAAAUUUUAAGAUAUAUUACAUUAGUAUUGAUUCCGUCAGACACUUCUAAUUUCGUUGUGGUUAUAUCUAUCUGUUAUUUCCAUCUGGUGAAAUGGAAAGAGAUGGGUAAUUGACAGGCAAAAAUAUUGCACAUUAUGAUUUCUCACACGUCAAGCUCGUACAGCUUGAUUUUGAAAAAUUAUGUACCUACCAGAGUAAUGAGAAAAUAGGUAAUUAUCAUGUUUAAUCUGGACAGUGCCAUCUAUAUACAAUUUUGGGCAAUGUAGCCUGGAAUGGUGUGCGUCAAGCUAGCGGCCUCAAAAAAAAAAUGGGCACGAUAAAAUAAUUUGACCAUACCAAAAAAUAGUACUCUUAUUGAAAAAAUUAGUACCUGUUGUAAAAAAAUUAGUACUAUAACGGUUCUGGAUUUAUAGCCAUGUUUUAUUGCACUUGCUAGCUUGACAGUGAGCGAAAUUUGGCGAGAGUUAACGACAAGGUCUUUCGCUUUGAUUUAAACGCCAAAAAAUAGUACCGAAAUAGUACUCACCCCCUGCAAAAUACCGAAAUUAGUACUUCAACGGUUCCAAAGUUAUAAAGGCAGUUCUUUGAUCCCGCUGGCUUGAUGUUUUGAAAAUACCUAUUAUCUGGGGAACGCUUGCAUACUUCAGUAUGUAACUAAUGUCAAUAAACUCGUAUGAAAUAGUACUCCCUACCAUCAUAAUUUUGAUCCGAUUCUCUUUGUAGAAAUAUGUUAAAAAAUCAUCAUAACCUGUGUCAUACAUUUAUCAAGACAGGUACACAAAUUUUUACCCAAAAAUGGGGAAAAAUACUAAAAUCUGACAACAUUCUUCUUCUAAUUUUGUUCGCGACUGUACCUGUCUUGAUAAAUGUAUGACAUAGGUUAUAAUGACUUUUUGACAUAUUUCUACAAAGAGAAUCAGGUCCAAAUUAUGAUGGUAGGGAGUACUAUUUCAUACGAGUUUAUUGACAUUAGUUACAAACUGAAGUAUGCAAGCGUUCCCCAGAUAAUAGGUAUUUUCAAAACAUCAAGCCAACGGGAUCAAAGAACUGCCUUUAUAACUUUGUAACCGUUGAAGUACUAAUUUCGGUAUUUUGCAGGGGGUGAGUACUAUUUCGGUACUAUUUUUUGGCGUUUAAAUCAAAGCGAAAGACCUUGUCGUUAACUCUCGCCAAAUUUCGCUCACCGUCAAGCUAGCAAGUGCAAUAAAACAUGGCUAUAAAUGCAGAACCGUGAUGGUACUAAUUUUUUUACAACAGGUACUAUUUUUUUCAAUAAGAGUACUAUUUUUUGGUAUGUAUGGUCAAAUUAUUUUUUCGUGCCCAUUUUUUUUUGAGGCCGCUAGCUUGACGCACACCUUGUCGUUAACUCUCGCCAAAUUUCGCUCACCGUCAAGCUAGCAAGUGCAAUAAAACAUGGCUAUAAAUGCAGAACCGUGAUGGUACUAAUUUUUUUACAACAGGUACUAUUUUUUUCAAUAAGAGUACUAUUUUUUGGUAUGGUCAAAUUAUUUUUUCGUGCCAAUUUUUUUUGUGGCCGCUAGCUUGACGCACACCCUGGAAUGUCCCUCGUAGGGUAAGGAAGCAGUGCAAGUUUUUUGUUUCAUAUUAAACAAGCCAGACAAGUCAUGAGAAAUAGUUUUGGUCUGCUAAAACUAAGCCAUUCACAUUGUGUUAUGUAAAUAAAAAGAAAAUUAUAAAACUAAAACAUGUAUUUAACAUUUAAUUUCACAAUCAAGUACAUACAUAUUUUAAUUAUAAACUAAGAUGCAAAGUGAGUUUAAAAAUUUACAAUAUUUACAAAAUUAUUGAUGAAAAUGAGAACACUUAAAAGUCCAUUUAAUAACAUUAACAAUGUCUUUUUAAAAGUCACUGUGUAGCACUGUAGCAUGUAUGGUAUUCCAGACACUAAAAUCCCAACACUUGUAACACUUUCAUCCUCACGUUGCAGUUGUACUCUUGACGGCAAAUAUGGAGUUUUGGUGAUGCUGCAUCCUCUUCUGUGCAUUAUGUUAACAUUACUGGUGGUAUGUUGCUGUAUUUGCGGCGGCAUCCUAUUAAAGCUGACCAAAACUAAAGUUAAAUGAUGAGUCAGGAUUACAACUUCGCCGAAGUGUUGACCCUGCGACUUGAUGCAUUACAUAACCACGCAAAAAUUAGCUACAUAAUGAGGGUUAACCAGACGAUGUUAUAUAUUUGCUACAGCUGGGAAACUGGCCUUGCAAUCUAUUUGAGUGUGAUCGCAGCCAGCAUAUGUAACUUUAAACUUAUUUAAAAACUCUAAGGCCUUAGAAGUCGAUUCAAAUGACAGCUCCCGCGCGACGAACUCCACGGGUACGGUCUGCCUGUAGCUGCACAUAUAAAAAACACAUUAAUACAACAUUUCCAGCAUUGCUGGUUAUUUCACCUGUGAACACAAUACCUCCAUUAUACAAACAAAAACAUUAACUUAAUAAGGGUCAUCAUAGGUAAUUAACAUUUUGAAGAAUACAAAACAUAAGUAGUAUAGUAGAAAGUAUACUAUACACCUCUGCCUAUCCCGUCGGGGAUACAGGCGUGAUGUUACGUUAUAUUCAAAACAUAAGUACAGUAACUCUUUAAAUAAAUGAAAAUGGCGAAAAAAAUGUUUUUAAUGAUUUCUUUACCAGUGUCAAACUAAACACCCAAUAUUUAUGGAAAGCAAGCAUGGAUGAUAAUAUAAAGAAAAGGCAAUUUUAAUUAUUUGAGAUGCAUUAUGAAUAUUAUGAUAUGGGUUUACUUUACGACACUCUCUGCUAAUAGACACUCAAAAAAUGUUAAAUGUAAUCAAUAAUAUAGAACUAACUGCUACAGCGCAGUUUGUUCUACGCUCAACAAUCAGAAACCAAAGCAGAACAAUUCAUUAACCCAGUACAAAAAACCAAAAUUAGUAAUAUUUAAAAAAAUCUUAAAAAUUGCUGUAAUAAGAAAUAUGCUUGUCCACAGCCAUAUUCCAUAAAAACAUGUCAUUACCACUUAAAAAAUAACCUGUUUUUCAUUACUAACAUAACUGACCAAUAUAUUUCAAAAAUAUAAGUUGCAUGGUUCAAAGAUAAGAGAAUUACCUUCCGAAAUGUUAGGUUCAUACAAGAAAUGUGAUGUGUGUAAUGAGAAUUCAUGCAGAUUAGAACAACACGCACAGCAGUAAUUACAUGAAUUGAUUCUAUUGGUAAUUGAGAACCUUAAUGUCUGCCCAAAAUUUUAACCCAUGUUAAAAUUUUACUAGAUAAAUGCAACUUUAUGGUGCCAAUUUUAGCAUUCACAAACUUAAUUUAUUUUAGUUGGACUGUGGUGCUGAUUCCAAUACACACCAUCUAAUUUUAUUUUAAGUUAUACCCGUCAUUUACUUAUCCACCUAAAAGGAAAGGGAUGGAUCAUUGACAACUGUUAAUUUUAAAAUGAAUGAAUAAUUCGGGCGAAUAAAAUAGGCAUCUCGCUCAUUCAAUCCGUUUGACAUGUGCUUUCAACUUAAUUCUGUCAGGUUAUUGGCCAAUAUAAAAUAUUCCAGGGUUCCAUAAAUUUUAUGCCUGUGGAUUACCAGUCUCUCUCCUUUUCGGCGGAUAAGAAAAUGA